GGGACGUUUUUAUGUUAGCUGCCGGCAAAAUCGCAAAUCGCGUUCAGUACGGCGCAGGUUAGCGAAAAGAUCGCAGCGCAUUUUGCAACUGCAGCCCUGCAAUUAGGGAUAUAGUACGGGUAUAUUAUCGGGUACCGGAUAAGACGCGCCUACCCCCUAAAGAAAAGAUACACACACAAACACGGAAAGAAAUACACAGUUCAGAAUCUGUCGCAUAAUAAUAAUAUUUAUUUAUUUUUUUUGUGAAAGUCUUUGUGAAAGAAGCGGAGAAACUGUGCAAAGGUUUUUUCCCACAACAACUGUUACUGCAAAUUUGUGUGUGACAGUGUUCAAGUGUGUGUGUGUGGAGUGUAUUUGUAGUAGUGUGUGUGUGUGCGUGUGGCACAUUCACAGCUUUAGCUUCAGUUUUGUUGAAGACGCAACCUGCUCUCGCCGCAUUCUUCGUUGUCAGGUGUGAAAUUCUUCGACGAUCUUCGUCUUCUUCUGCAUUUCGGCUACGCUCUCUCUCUCUCUCUCUCUUUUUUUAAAGUUUUUACGGUUCGGUUUUAGCGGUUCAACUCGUCGAGUUUCGUUCCGAUUCCGAAUCGGUUUCUCUUUCGCUUUGGGUUCGCAACCUUUUUUGCCGCCUCUUUUUUUUUGUGACUUUGCCUCGUGGUGUUCCAUCGAUUUACGCAGGAAUUUACGUUUGCUCAAUGUCAAAUUGGCGUUCGACUUUGCAGUCAACGAGGGUAAGCUCAACUUGAUAGCCGCCUUGAUGCAUACGAGGUCUGUUUCUGCGCUGUGGUCGUCGAGUGCAGUGAACUAUCCAUUCGCAUACAGUUGACGCUGUGGCCCCCACGCAUACAGCCAAAGGCGCCGCGGGGGCCCGCUGUACAAACACAUACACAUUGGUCGCGUUCAAUCUAACGCUUCUUCUUGCAACACUCAAUCUAUUGUGGUCGUCGGCACAAGCCCUCGCGGUGCCCAUGCACAACAACAACAACAACAGCAAUAACAAUAGCCAGCAACAAAGCAUUGCAUACUUUUGGGCGCCAACCAAGGAUCCACAACAACAACAAGAAAAGCAAGAGAGGAGCAACGAAAAUAAUACUGCAUACCAAAGCAAAUACUGUCGGACAUGCAACGACAGCAAUAUCGAUACAUUGCCGAUAUAUCGAAAGUUAACUGGAAACAUCGACGGCGUCGAUGUCGUGUUUCGUGUAAAUAAUAAUCGUAAUAAUAUUGAUGCAAAGAAGAAGAAUUCAGCAAGUGUUUCUCACCGUGUAAAUAGUGCAAAUAAUAAGUUAAAUUUAAUUAUAAAUCGCAACAAAGUGUCGUCUAAACAUCACUCGCUGCCAGCAGCCACAAAUUUGCUUAAUAAAUUACCAACAUCGAGUGCGGAUCGCCACUUAAAGCCAACUGCCGUCGCGAGAUUCGUGCGUCGCCGUCUCUGUCGCCAUCGCCGAGUUUCCACUGCGUCGCCAUCGUUGCCCCUGUUGCAUGGUCGCAGUCGUCGUCGCGCCGCGUCUCACUCGACUGACGUUGCCCCGCCACCGCCGCCGUCGCCGCCAACUUUGCCGCCGUCGCAACCAACGGCAUUUGCAUCGCCCGCCGCGUCCAUGUUUCUGCCAUAUCAAAUUAAUCAACGUGCAACAUUGUUGCAAGCAUCAACAGCAACAUCAACCGCAUUGCCUCAUGUGCAAGGGGCAACAAUAACAGCAACAACAACUGCAACUACAACUACAACUACACUCAACCACAACACUCAACUGCAUGCUGCGCAUCGAAUUUUUAAUCUACCUGGAAAAGUUGUUGAUAUCUUAAAGCAGCAACCGAAGGUGCAGGCUGCCACUAAGAGCAAGAAGAAGCAGCAGAAGUAG